AUGCUGCUGCCUUCGGCGGACCCCCCGCUGGGGGCCGCCUCGGCCGGCAGCGAAAAUCCGUUUCAGGAGCGGCAGCAGGAGCAGUGCACGCCUAGCCAAACCCCCCGCACCGCCGCGAUGCCGGCGGACACGGCCCCGCUGGCGCGCUUUGUCGUGGAGGCGGCUGUGCUGGGCACCGGCCUGGUGCGCCCCAUCACCUUCUUCCCCAUCCUGACGACCAUCAAAUCCACUGACUCAAGUAGGUACGCGGUGCCGGAUGUGCCGAAGGGGCCGCAUGAGGCUCAGCUGGAGCAGGGAAUACAACGCAGCCAGUGGGCCGCCUCCUCCUCGGCGCAGGUGGAUCGUCGCUACAGCGAGCUGGUGGAGUUUCGCGCCUUACUUGCCUACCAGUUUCCCACUAUGAUUGUCCCGCCGCUGCCGCCCAAGUCAAAACUUGAGAACUUCGGCACCUUUUUGACGAAUGGGAACAUUCUGCUCACGCAGCAGCGCACGCUGGUGCGGUUUCUUCGCGAGGUUGCCAUGACUCCCGAGCUGAUGUACUUCUCUGUGUACACCCCUCAUUUCUUUCAACUGCCACGCGAGAGUUUUGAGGACUGGGUCGGCAUCAUGCGGGCCGUGCUCGCGGAGUUCCGCCGCUGCAACGCCUCCAUCGACGCCCACAGCUCACGCAAGGGCGGACUGCUGGGCUCCGACUCCGUCGCCGCCUUCACCGGCGGCUCCACGAAGGUUGUGCGGAAGCUCGUGGGGAUGCUGCACUCGUGGAUUGGCGGCGGUGGCAGCGAAAGCUCCCCGGCACCGGCACCGGCACCACAACAGCAACAGCGACGGCGGCGGGGCCAGCAGGCCGCUGGUGAUGCAGCAGCUUCCGCGGAGGUCCCCAGUGCGGUGGAGGAUGUCAAUUACUGGAGCUGCGAGAUGCGUUUCCUCGCUGACUACCGCGAGGCCCUGCUCGGGGCGGCGCGUCCGUACCUCACCGUCAUGGAGCAGUCGGUGGAGACCGUCACCGCCGCGAAGGAUGUGGCGGAGGCGCUCGAGCGGUACGCCGACGUCCUCGCCGCCUCCUCGGCCAAUAAGGCCCUUGCGCAGGUGACGCUGGAGGCCGGCCGCUUCAUCGGCGUGGGCGCCACCGCGAUGGACCGGUAUCAGGCCAAGCGGAAGAGUGAGGUGUAUGAGCGGCUUCUCUUUGAGGUUUCGUACCUUGACGCCGCGAUGGACGCGAUUGACCACGUGCUGUGCCUCUGGCGCUACUGCAAGGAACUCGUCGGGGAGCAGGCGUCCGCCGCCUUCGUCGCCUACACGGGGGACGUGAGCAUCCGGCUGCGCAAGUUCUACAGGCAGCGGUUCCUCUGCAAUCUUAAGCGCCGCAUGCACAACAUGCUGCACCGCAUGGCAGAGGCGGAGCGGCGCUUUGCGGAGGAAGUGGAGGCGAGCAUGCGAGGCACCGCCUUCGCCGCGACCAUACAGGACCCCAAGUACUCGGAGUACGCCUCGGGUUCACCAUGA